GUGGCAGUGCGCAUGUGCGAAAUUUAAAGAGGGACGUUUGAGGAACUGAAACUGCAGACGAUAUCUAUGCUUAUAAUUAACAGCCUUCAGUAAAGUUUAGCAUUGAAGUUCACGGCAAACGGAUCCCAAUAGGCACACGGACAGAAAGAAAACCAUGUCAACUCAGCCUCUCAUCAGAUCAAAGCAGACCGAGAAAUCAAUCAAUGGAAUAUCCACACAGGUUGUUUGCACAGAAUUCAGUAACUACAUAUUUAUAGUUCUCACACAGUAUGGAAAGAUUGGCACUUUAGUAUCAGUCACACCUGACUCCAGAUCAGGUGAUAUCAGCACUUCCAUGUUCACCACUAAAGUAUUGCUGGGAAAAGAAGAGGCUUUGACACACGUCUGUGCCAAAAACUUGGCAACAUUUGUGUCACAAGAGGCAGGCAACAGGCCUGUUCUACUGGGGUUGGCACUGAAGGACAGUUCCAUAGAAGCAAUAAAGGCCAUGAAAGAUGUAAUAAAAAGUUGUCAAGUCUGGUAACUACUGGUACAGGGAACAAGCAACAGAAUAGCCUACCUGGAAAGACAAUUUAAGAAAAGGCUUCAUACACUUAACACAUUUUUUUCCUCAAUGUUUUUCCAUCCUUUAAAAAUGUAUUUUGUUGUCUGUUGUUACUUCUAAGCAUGAUGUGGUAAUAAAUGCCAUAUAAAUGGGAAGUUUAUGUGUUAUAAAUGCCUAUAGAAUUUGGGGGAUUGAGUGGGAGCCAAUGGUCACAAACUGAUUCUGUUUUGAGACAACCAUCUCGGUUUUAAAGCCACAGUCUGAAUACUGUUAGUGCACAACUAACACAAAUAUAAAUAAAGGAGCAAAUGCAUCUCAUUCCCAUGAAAUUCACAUGCAAAAUAGCAUUUGAUUGAUUGCUAUGAUAUAAAAGUUUGGGGUCACUUAGAAAUGUGUCCAUUAAAAUAACAUAAAAUUGAUCAGAAAUACGGUAUAGACAUUGUUAAUGUUGUAAAUUACGAUUGUAGCUGGAAACGUCAGAUUAUUUUAUGGCGUACAGAGGCCCAUUAUCUGCAACCAUCACUCCUGUGUUCCAAUGGCAUGUUGUGUUAGCUAAUCCAAGUUUAUCAUUUUAAUAGGCUAAUUGAUCAUUAGAAAACCUGCAAUUAUGUUAGUACAGCUGAAAACUGUUGUGCUUAUCAAACACGCAAUAAAACUCACCUUUAGACUAGUUGAGUAUCUGGAG